GGYCACAAAAAUAACAUCACAAACAAAAAGAAAGAAUUGAGAUGAAGAUCCAAGCGAAAGCUCUUGCCGCUGCCCUCCUGUCGGCGGUAGCAUCGUACCCUGCUGCAGCUUUUACUUCGCGCGGGAUCGCCUCUGCCAAUACCAAUCACUAUGACACUUCUUUGUUUAACGGAAUGGAUGCCUACGAUGCUCAAAUGAAAGCCGCCUAUGCAGCUGCUGCUGGUAACGCUCCUACUGCUGUCGCCGAACCAACUUUCGGUUCGGYCGAUAAGCAAUCUCAGCGAUGGAGAAAGAAAACGAAACAACUCGCUACGUUGGGACCCGCCAGUUCAGAUUUCGAAAUGAUCGAAAAGCUGUUUCUGGCAGGUGCCGAUGUCUUUCGUUUGAAYUUUAGUCAYGGAGAGCACGCACAGAAAAAGGAGCUCCUUGACAUCAUACGUGCCGUUGAGGAAAAGCACGAUCAUCCGAUCGCAAUCUUGGGAGAUCUGCAAGGUCCCAAACUACGAGUGGGUCAAUUUGCCAAUCCCGACGGUGAAAUGCUCGUCAAGGGACAAAUCUUUCGGUUCGAUUUGGACCAAACUCUAGGAACCAGCGAGCGGGUUUUGUUGCCCCACCCAGAAAUCAUCGAAGCUUCAGCURUCGGAGAUAAUUUGCUGAUCGAUGACGGAAAAGUCAAAGUUCGUGUUGUCGCAAAAGGACCAGGGUUUCUAGACACAGAAGUUGAAGUCCCCGGAAAAAUCAAAGACAAAAAGGUAUGUGUUUUAUCAUCAUAUUCAAURACUUGCCCUUUUUUGUUUUGGUCGUCAUUUCGUAGGAAUACUAGGUUACUAAUGACUUGUCUUCUGGUUUGUCCUUUUGCACGACCACAUGCAACUGAAAAAACAUUAAAAAUGCUGUACCAAUAAAAACCRUCUCAGGGUGUAAAUACACCAGAUUCAAUUUURCAAAUCAGUUGCUUGACUCCAAAAGAUCGURCAGAUUUGGAAUACAUGCUGAGCAUCGGCGUCGACUGGGUCGCGCUAUCCUUUGUGCAACGUCCGGAGGACAUUGAGGAAAUCAUUAGUCUGAUUAAUUACCACAACCCUCCCGGUGCUCAUCGACCACAUGUCAUGGCAAAAAUUGAAAAACCUAGUUGCUUCGAUGGCGAUUCUCUUGCAAAUAUAGUUCACUUGUGUGAUGGAAUCAUGGUAGCGCGUGGAGAUUUGGGUGUCGAAUGUGCUCCAGAAGACGUUCCAAUUCUGCAAAAGCAAAUCAUUGACGAAUGCCGAGAGCAAGGAAAACCUGUUGUUGUUGCAACACAAAUGCUUGARUCCAUGAUCGAGUCCCCCACACCGACUCGUGCGGAAGCAUCCGACGUUGCCACGGCCAUUUAUGAUGGUGCCGAUGCGAUCAUGUUGAGUGCCGAAAGUGCUGCCGGGGCCUUCCCCGAAGAAUCUGUUGCUAUGCAACAGCGAAUCAUCAAUCGAGUCGAAAGUGACCCACAUUAUGACCGAUACUUGCAAUCCUUUGAUCCGCAACAGGACUCUUCUGCGGCAUCCGCCAUUAUUGUUGCCGCAAGACAAAUAUCAAGAACCGUCAACGCAAAAGCAAUCGUUAGUUUUACCUGCGGUGGGAGUACGGCACUCAAGGCCUCCCAGAGCCGCCCUGGUACGCCUAUCCUUGCCAUAUCUCCUGUGAUGGCAACAUCGAGGCAGCUAUCACUUUCAUGGGGAAUUUACAGCGAGUUUGCCAGUGAUCACGAAGACUACGAUCCAGACAAUUUCCGUGAUAUGCUAAG